ACUGAACUAAUAGUGCAGCCUGACAGCGAAACGCGUCUCUUCAUCUGAAGCAAGAACCGCAUGGCUCGGAUCUGCUUGUGUGCAUCAUACCUGUUACUCGCGUUGGGCGGUAGGAAGACGCUCGCAGGCAGAGGUGCUGGUCUGACGCGUUGACGUCACCAAAUCAUCGACAGCACUUCCUGGAGUGGUGUUUGUUGUGGGAAAUAACCACCGUGGUGUUGGACCUCGGAGAGAGGGGGGGGGGGGGUGAGCGAGAGUCAGUCCACAUCAACGGCAGAAAAAGGACGGCACAAACUACUACACUAGGCCACCCCCCAAGCAUGUGGUCGCGGCAGCUUUCGACCGGUAUCAGAUAAGGCAGAAGAAGUGACGGCUGAGACUGAGGAAGGACGAGGUGGAUAUUCACGGACGGACAGCCGGCAGAGCCGAGCAGAGCCGAGCAGAGCCGCCGUCAGCACGGAGCUGUCGCGAUGUUGUAGCCAAACCAUGGACAGCAGAAUAAAGGAGAAUCCAGAAAGAACAUUUGAUCUGGUUGUACAGGUGGCAUGUCCAGCAUCUGAAAAUGAAGAUCCAACCGUGCUAUGGAGCUUCCCCCAGGACCACACAGACCAGGAAGUCCUUCAGACGAUACCAAAGUUCUGCUUUCCCUUUGACGUGGAAAGGGUGUCCCAGAGUCAGGUGGGGCAGAAUUUCACCUUUGUGCUGACGGACAUCGACAGCAAACAGAGGUUUGGUUUCUGUCGACUCACUCAAGGCUGCCGGGUCUGCAUAUGUCUGCUCAGUUAUCUACCAUGGUUUGAAAUCUACUACAAGCUGCUAAAUACCCUGGCAGACUACCUAACAAAACAACAGGAAAAUGACUUGAGUGACAUGCUGAAUUCUCUCUAUGAUCUGCCCGUGCCAAAGCCCUUCACGCCAGUCAACCUGAGUGUGAAUGAGCAGUUGUAUAUUGCCACUGGGCAAGUACUGAGAGAUCCGCGAAGCAAGGAGCCGCACUCCUACUUCAUCGCCCCGGAUAUCAAUGGAUUGCCAACUAUCCCUGAGAGUAGGAACAUGACAGAGUACUUUGUGGCUGUGGACGUCAACAACAUGCUCCAGCUCUACGCCAGUAUGCUGCACGAACGGCGCAUCAUCAUUACCUCAAGCAAGCUUAGCACUUUAACUGCAUGUGUCCACGGUGCAGCUGCUAUGCUCUUUCCCAUGUACUGGCAGCACAUCUUCAUCCCUGUACUGCCCCCGCAUCUUCUGGACUAUUGCUGUGCCCCCAUGCCAUACUUUGUGGGAGUUCAUCUUAGUCUGCUGGAGGUGUCCUCUUUGAAGAGCAAGUUGAAGAAGCAGUCAACGGCAACAGGAAGUGGUGUGGCAAGGGCCUUCCUGAGAGCGCAGGCUGCCCUGUUUGGAUCCUACCGAGAUGCCCUCAGAUAUAAACCAGGGGAGCCAAUCACAUUCUGUGAAGAGAGCUUUGUGAACCAUCGCUCGAGCACCAUGAGGAGCUUUCUGUCGAUGGCAGCCAACCUGCAGCUCUUCAAACAGUUCAUCGACGGACGGCUGGCCAAAUUGAACGCAGGCCGUGGCUUCACCGACGUGUUUGAAGAGGAGAUCACAGAGGGGGGCUUUUGUGGAAGUAAUUCAAGGUCUUAUCAGCAAUGGAUGCACACUGUUAAGAGAGGAGGAGCGCUCAUCAACACAGCUGUUACAAAGGCCAAGAGUCAUGCCAAGAGGGGCAUCCGGGACAUUAAGGGCAGACUGAAAGCCAGGGAAGAAGAGGAAGAGGGGAUGAUGGUGUGUGCAGGGUCUCCCACCAGCACCAAAAGCCUGUCUCCAAGGAGACUGCAGAAGAUGAGACGACAUAACUUCAGCAAGUCUCCCAUGAGCAUGGGCCCUCGAGAUCUUGGCUACGGCCUUGAUGAUGAUGAGCUGGACAGUGCAAGCAAAAUCUCCUCAGAAGACAGCGGGGAUGCUCCUUCCUACAUCGAGGACAGCGAUGAUUCGUACUCGCUGGAGCUCGACAUCGACUCUUCCCACUCGGGCCAGAUGAACUUGCUGGAGGAAAUCCUGGACUCUCUGAACACCACGACGCUGGAGCAAGGCAAACUCAGUGCUGCCAAGAGCCUGGACUUCUUCAGGUCCAUGGAUGAUUUAGACUACAAGGCCCCGACCAAACUGACACCUUCCAGUGAGUCUAAACCUGCAGAUGUGAAAGGUUGUGGUGGAGGCGGGGAUCAGGGGGGCUGGAAUAUGGGCCAGGACGACAGCGUGGUCCACGGGAAACACCUCCCACCGUCCCCACGGAGACAGCCCAGCAAGAGCAGCCUGAAGGUGUCAAAGAAACCUGCGGCAGCUCCUCCAGUGCCUGUCGUCACUGCAGCAUCCCCAGGCCAGGCUGCCGAUGUCUCCAAACUCCUGUCAUGUCCUCCUCAGCCCCAUUCUGACCAGGUCCCUCACACUUUACCUCCAGGACAACAACCGGGACACCACUUCUCCUACUCGCCCAUACCAUCCCAUAGACUUACAACCACGGCGCCAUCUCCCACACUGUCUCACACCCACAGUUCUCCAGCACCUGUUUCUCAACGGGACUAUUCCCCUGUUCCAGUGGGCCGGUCUCGGACCGUCUCAGACUCCGAAGCCAGCACUCAGCCUCCUCAGAAGCAGACUUCCUCCACCAGCGUCCUGAGGAGGAAGGUGCUGUCCAAGGAAAAGGUGAGGCACUACCAGGAAAUGGCCCUCCAGAGGCAGGGCAGCAAAGGCCGCCAGGAGGGUGAAGGGAGCCUAUCGAAGCACAGACAGUCAGCUAUGCCAAUCCCAUGGGAGAAAGAGGUGUCCAAAGAGGGGCUCCUGGGGCUCGGCCUCUGUCUGGGUCAGGGUAAAGGCUCUGGUGCAGCUGUGGUGCAGGAUCAAGGCCUCCUUGAGGAGAUUGAGUCCAUGUGUUGCCUCAGCUCCGUCCUCCACACCAGCCUGCAGCUUUCACAGGUUCACUGCAACAACAGUCACCACCAGGUCCAGGGCAAAGCCACAGAUGAGUCCUAAGGGGACGUAAAAGACUCAGAGUCUGUAAAAUGCCAUAGGUUCCAAUGAAAUCUACUCACUCUCAUUCUCCUAUAACGUUCAGCUGCAGACUCAGAGAACAUGAUCGGUUCAGAAGUUUUUUUAUCUCAACAGCCAGCCAUCAGGAAAAGUUACAAACAAAUCUGAUGUCAUACAGGCAGCCACCAACCAUUGGCUACACCUUCUGUUGCAGGAAAAAAGGAAGAGAUGAACUGAUGCUCUGAAGAAUUGUCCAUCUGUCAUCCAUCUUCGUAUUUAUAUGAUUAAAUCAUUAUUUUAUGUGAAAAAAAUCUGCCAUUGUAACAGGAGUAUUUUAACCUGUUUCCAAUAGAAGUCAACUUGUUUUGAGAAUUUUCCCAGUAUGAAUACCUGUAUCUUGAAGACAAGGUCUCCACUGGAAAAUUUUUGGAAAAAAUUCAACUUUGUUUUAGAAAAGACUUUAUUUGCAAAAGAAACUGGUGAAAUUAAUCUCACUACAGUGGCAGAUUUUUCACACCCAACACAAGAUAAGCACUUUUCUUUCAAGUGAUUUGGGUGCUCUGCUAAAGUAACAACAACCUAUGAGUUUUUGACGUUUAAAAUUUCUUACAACAAGUGAAGAAUCUUGUGAACUUUUUUUUUGUUUUGUUUUUCGGAGUGCCGUUACCCCAGUUUGUGAGAUUUUUCGCUUGUUUUGAGAAGUGCAUUGCGUUUACGCCCCAUCAUAGUAAUUGUGUCUGUAGUCAUCUAAAUUUCUGGACGAAGUAUUUUUAUGUGUUGUAUUUUUCAUCUUCUGACAUUCGCAAUGCAGCACCCAACAGUGACCAAUGAAUUCUGUUUUGGGGAAAAUAUAAGCAGCGGCCGGCAAUGGAGGAAUUGGUCACAUGCCUGAAAGGCAUCUAGAAAAAGGCUCAGUCAGAAUUAAGAGGCGACGUUAGGUCCUCAGCACAACAUCAUGUCAGUCUUCUGCUCAAACAUUUCACGUGAUCGACUUGAUUUUGAACUUGCAGAUUAACAAAUAAAUACUCAAUUAUUGGUACUGGUUCUAAAAUUAUUUGAGGAAAGAAGGAUUUUCUAGAUACAAAGUCUACUUGGACCUUUGAAAUAAAUUAUACACUGUGUAAUAUAAUGUUUUUUAUCACCAUGCCUUAAAUGGACAUGUGAUUUGUUUAUGAUACUCUGGUGUCUUAAUGCAUAGAUACCAUAACAGGUACUUUGUGAUCAGAAUAAUGUCAGAUCUUAAAUGCAGCGAUUAAUAGUACUUAAACAGCACUGUAUUUACCUGGAUCCAUAGAACAGUUAAUAUAUGAUUUGCUUUAAGCUGCUGCUUUUGAAUGCAUUCCAGGUAAUGAGAUGUUCGUGUAGAAACCCCUCUUCUCUGCUCUUCCCGAGUUCCUCAGGACACCUCUGUCAUUCUGGAGAGAUGCAAAUACACUCAAAGGUUAAAAUGGGUGAUCUGAAAAAGCCAGUAUCCAUGCUCCAUCUCUGCUUCUUUUUUCUUUUUUUUCCCACACCAUCGCUACGCUGCUCCUCAUGUUGUCUCUCCUAAUUUUCUGCCUUUUACUACUUUCAGCGCAUCUCGACUGUAAAACUUGUGGCCAGUUGUUGCAAAGCUUAGGAGGUUUCGAGAGGAUGUGGAAAAGGUCAACUUUAUCAGGAUAUGGCUGGCAAUACGCUACGUUUGUGUUAUUGUCCACAAAUCCCAUGGAAAGACCGAACCUAACAAUACAUUAGUAUGUCUCUCGUUGCUUUCAGACUUCCCUACCCUGUCUGUGGCCCAUUUGUUCCUACUAAUGAUGUAAACUUUUAAAAUGGGUCAGAGAUACUGAAUAUAGUUUACAAGCUCAGUCUUUAAAAAAAAAGGCUGUAGCUUCUUCAGUAACUAGGAGUAACUAUUGCAUUUGCUGGGGACUAUUCUCAUCCAUAGAUUUCCAGUUAGUAAUAUGAAUUGAUUGGCGGUUUUUGUGUUUUUCAUGGGAUUUGUUGACAUUUCAGAAAAAUCCAGACUUAUCAUAUAACCCAGUCUUUAUGUUGAUCUUCUUCUUUCUGUCUCACGCGUGGAAAUGCAAUCUCUGUCCUUCUAGGUUAGAGUCGCACACUGUAAUGUAAUGCAGUGGUUGAUGAUUGUACUGUAAUGAAGCAAUACAGUUCUCCUCAGAGAGUAGCUAAGUGGAUGUAAUGUGUACAGAGUCUAAAGUAUUUCAAUAACAGACUCUCCCGUGGAGAGAAACGCCAUGUCCAGAUUUGUGGGUUCCCAUCAUUCUCUGUGUCGCCACAAACCCAGAGAAAAGAAAAAAGCUUUUUCAUGUGCUUGUGUUGGGAUUAUUACAUUUAUAGUUCGUUGUUCUUAUGAUUUAUGCCAGACGCCAGUCGGUGUGGCAGUUUAAUAGCAGCUAUUUCUCCACUUUUCGAGUGCUGCUCUGCGUUAACGAUUUGCUCAUAAAGUCUUUGGCGUGCUUCUAAAAUCCCAGGAAUCAGUCCUAGUAAUUCCAAAAAGAAAAAAAAAUAAAUAAAUAACAGGCUCCAGAACAAUCACUGUACUGGCCUUAUUCAUUGCAAACACUUUAAAAAAACAUAUUCACUAUGCAAAUAUUCAAAAUGAUCAAAAAGGUCGGGGGGGGGGGUCACAUAAUAUUGUACGAUUGCACUUGAAGAAUAAUCACAAUCAAAUUAGUUUCUAGUGGCAAUUAGCCUCCUGUGUCCGUAAAUAAAUAAAUAUGAGAGUCUAUUUAACUAUGUGAGCUGGGGUGUGUCUGUUGGCGUUAAAGACGGAGUGCAUGAUGUGCCUUAUACAGUAAGACCUACCAUCCCUUAUAAUCAGCACAAGGUACAGUAUUAUAGGACGGAGGAGUAUGCAGUGUUUUCAGACCACCUUAAAUCACAGUAAUGAACAUUGAACAUUUGGUAUUUAUAUGAUAAACAGACACAAAAACCCCUACUUGGACCUGAGAAACUGACCUGAAUUGAACUUAGGUACUAACAUUGUUUUUGUAGCUGUUUUGCUUUUGAGUUUCAGCUGCAGUCCAGCUGGAGUUACUCAGUGUUUUUCUUUGCUGCAGUGGUCGGUGGGAAUCUUCCUGCCUGUAUUUAAGAGAGGAUCUAUGAAUUUCUCCGGGUUAUUUCUCCUUUUGUAUAUUAGGUACUUUCUUUGAUUGUACUAUUAAGUGAUUUCCUGUAUAGUUUGUGACCUUUUUCUUUUGUUUUCUCUCUUUUUCGAACACCUUGAACACUCACUCUGAGCUAACUGUAUUUAAAGACGUUUCUCAGAGGAGUUUCUCUAGUUGUUUUCAAAAUGAUUAAAGAUAAUUUUCAACGGAAUAGAUGUGUAUUUUUUCUGGCUUGAGUAUAUUUUACAUGGAUAAUAUAUGAUUGGUGUUGUAUGUUGUUAAAAAAAAAAAAAAAAAAAAAAAAACACCUAAUAUUUGAAUGUUUUUAGAUUUUAUUUUUGGAGGAAAAAAAAUAGAGAGAGAAUAUAAAUGAAAUGUCCCAUGUAGCCAUUCAUGUUCAGAAGCAUCUGACACCUUUUAAUAAACAGCGACUGACGAAUGCUUGUACAUGGUACAAUGCUUACUGUUGUAUCUGCAUGUACUGUAUGUACCUGUAUGUGCUGUAUGCUAUGAUUUUGUUUUGUUUAGUGUUACAGAUGUGGUCAGUUCUUUUGGUUAUUUGUUUUGGUAUUAUUUCAGUAUUUAGCACCUCCGUCAAAUCACGAUCUCAAAAAUGAUGAAAAUUAACAUUGGUUCUCGUAUGGUACACUCAUUCUGCCUUGCAUUGGGUAGUGUAGAGUUAAGUCUCACCUGCCGUGUAUUUUCUGUAGAGGAAAACAUUUCUGCUUUUUUGGUUACCUGCUACUGUAACUCUAACCAUAGAGCUCGGUGGGGAGAAAUAAUUGAGCAGUGCGCUGCUGUUGAGGCUGAUACGAAAAGCUUUAGUAUAUCUGGUCCCGUUUACACUAAUGUUGUACACUGAAGAAAAACUGAGUGUCAGGGGAUUUGCAUUUCAGUGUCUGCAGGCUUGUGACGACUAAGGAUAUCCAAUACUCUAUUAACAGAAUGUAAAGUAAAGCUAUUAAUAAAUAUGUAGUAAGUGUGAGUGAGUGGGAGGUGACAGAUUAUGUAGCAGCUUUAACCUACAUACUAUGGAGUAAAAAAAAACACAGGUUCAACUUUACAACGAGAGUAACAUCACUUUUCCUAAACCAAUAAUUAAAAAAAAAAAAAAAA